AUGGAGAUUUCGACCAACAAUCCCAUCCUGGUCUCGAUCCCGCUUGAUCUGGAGGGGAGCCCAGUGGCACGGUUCCUGGCCGACGCUGUCAAAAUCCUCCGGGAGUCCCGAAAGAUAGAAAUCCACGUCACCGAUACUGCGAGCCCGGAUGCACGGAGAAUUCGUUCCUCGACUAUCAUCGAGGGCCUGCGAGAGCUGGCCUCGAUCUUGGCCGCCACCGGCCAUGGCCCGGAGUCGGAUAUGCUCGAGGUCGUGGUGGAAAGAGGCCUCGAACGAAAGGAGCUGGGUGGCCUUGGCCUGAAUUGCUCGCAGAUCUUGGGAGAAGGAGACAUCAAGGAGCUUCUUUUCCUGGUCGAGGCAUGGCUAGAGUCGCUCAAUUCGCAGGAAAGGACGCACAGAAGCGUUCGGCCGGGACUGCAGACACGGCAGGCCACUGUCAGGCCAAUGACCCUGGCGGAAAAGAUCUUUGUUCACCAUAUGGCUGGUGGCUGUCCGGGUCGCGGUGUCCAAGAAGGAGACGUGAUCACCGUGGCGGUGGAUUGGGUCGUGACAUCGGAAGCAGGUUGGUUUGCUAUGAGUAAGACAUUCGACGAAAUGAAGGCGACAGAGAUCUGGCGCAACGACAGGUUCUGGAUUGCUGGCGACCACGUCGUGGAUCCGAGGAUCAAUCACCUGCCCAACGUCAAGGCUCUGAUCGAGGCAUCGGAAAAGGCAAAGACCGACUUUAAACUCACCGAGUAUCAGGGCAUGAAUUUCACAAUCAUGCACACGGAGUUUGUGCGUGAGAGAGCAGAGCCGGGCAUGAUCGUGAUCGGUGCUGAUUCUCACACAUGCUCGGCUGGAGCGGUCGGCUGCCUUGCAAUUGGGCUGGGGGUGGCCGAUGUCAUGAUCCCUUUGGUGACGGGACAAACUUGGUUCAAGGUCCCUCAGUCGAUCCUCAUCAGCUUUGUUGGCGCGCCGCGAUUCGGGGUCGGCGGCAAGGACGUGAUCCUCCAUAUUCUCGGGGAACUGAAACGCAACACAGUCGCCGCGGACCGAAUCGUCGAGUUUUCCGGCCCGGGGGCUCGAUUCUUGUCGAUCGAUGCCAGGUUUGCGAUCUGUAACAUGUGCACGGAGUUUGGCGCAAUCACGGGUGUCUUUGUCCCCGAUGAAAUCACCUUGGACUAUGUUUCUCGACGACGGAGGAAGAGAAACAAGUCGAACUCGGUGUAUUUCCGACCAGAUGAGGGAGCCGUUUACUCUGCCAAGUUCGAGAUUGAUCUCGCCUCCGUGCAGCACACGAUAGCUCUGUAUCCCAGUCCAGACAACGUGGUGCCGAUAGGUGAGCGUCGCGACAUGGUCUUCGAUGGCGUUUUCCUCGGGGCUUGCACCACCACCGAGGAGGACCUGGUGCUCGCUGGGCGUGUGCUGCAAGCCGGCCUGAGAAGAGGCCUGAAACCCGUCCGUCGUGGGAAAAGGCACGUUGUCCCCGGCUCGUUGCCGAUCAUGGACAAGCUCCAAAGGCUUGGGUUGCUGGAAGUUUAUGAAGCCGCCGGAUUCACGCGAGGCGUGCCGGGAUGCAGCUUUUGCGUUGGAAUGGGGGCAGAUAAAGCUGGGCCGGGCGAGACGUGGCUCAGUUCACAAAACCGAAACUUCAAAAACCGCAUGGGUCCAGGGUCGUUCGGAAAUAUCACAUCGGCCGCGGUGGUGGCAGCAUCGUCGUUCAGCAUGUGCUUGACGGACCCGGCACCUCUCCUGGACGACAUUAAGCGUGGCAUGGAUCAGGAGGAUCUUCAACAUGUAGAGGGAAUGGGGUUUCUAAGUGUCAAGUACCAAGAACCCUUUGUUGGCAGUCAAGAAGAUGCCGCAAGCUCGUGUGCAAGUCCAGCGGCCAAUUCAGAAGACGGGGCUGAAAGGCGGACCGACGCUGUCAAAAGCCGCAUCAUCCGGCUGGGGGAUUUUGUGGACACUGACGCGCUAGCACCAGCCGAGUACCUGAUGAGCGCCCAGGACGACGAGGAGCUUGGAGAUCACUGCAUGGAGCACACCUACCCAGAAUUUCGAGACCGGGUUCGCGGCGGGCAGCAAGUGGUGGUUGGGGGGCACGCGUUUGGCUGCGGCUCGUCCAGGGAACAGGCAGUGAGGGCGUUGAAAGGGCUGGGAGUGCAGGCGGUCAUUGCCAGAUCCUUCAGCUUCAUCUAUGGGCGCAACCAGCCCUCUCUUGGGCUGCUCGGAAUCACUCUCGCGGACGACAGGUUUUACGCGCUGGCAAAGGACAACGAGUCGAUCGAGGUGGACAUCCAAAGUCGGGUGGUCAAGGUGUCGGGCACGGAAUUUCCAUUCGUCUUGACGGAUAUCGAGUAUCAGCUUACCGUUAACAAGGGCUUGCAGGAGAUGUACAAGGUGUACGGGAAGGACAUUUGGAAACAGGCAACGGCCGAAGCAUCGCCUGCGAGACAACUGGGGGGGUUGAUUGAUGAGCGAGCACAUGUUGGCGGUGGAGGAGAAGCUUUGGCAUGGUAG